ACCAGCAAAGGAUGUUUUUUCUCUUGACAUUAAGCCUAUAAACUAUCCCGAUAAUUAUACAUUAAAUCAAUUAUUUUUACUUAGUAGACAUGACCAGAUUUCAGCUUUCGAUAAAAUUGAUAAAGCAUUUGCAAAUGUUUCCGUAGCAAAGGAUUGGCCUAAACAUCCUUUCCCCGUGGAAAAAAAUUCUCGAUUAACUACAAGAGGUAAACUCGAACCUUAUUACAGUGGUUUACAAUCUCUUAAAAGAUACGAAAAAUUUUGGAAAAGUGUCGAAUAUGAUGUUGAUGUUGUAAAAUUUCAGACUUCUACUGCUUUUUGGGUCAGUCAAUCGGCCAUGUCUUUUUCAGAAGGACUAUUUGAUGGAACUGGCCCCGUAGGCGCCUGUAAAAAUGAGCCAGUAUACAUUUGGUCUUUGCAACCGGUAAAUAUUAGGCCAUUUACUUUAGCACCAAUAGCAGAAAGAAUGUCCAAAAAAUACAAUAUCAGUCCACCUCUUGAUCCGAUUUCAGUAGCAGAUAUGUUUAAUUAUUGUGAGUUCUGGGUCCUUCACUUUAAUCGAACUGACACUUGGUGUGGAUUGUUAAGUGAUGAUGAUCUUAUAUUUGCUCGAUAUUAUUGGAAUAUGAGAGAUUAUUUUCAAUAUUCAUAUGGGAAUCCUCUUAAUGAGCAAUUGGGUUGUGCCUACAUUACACAAUUU